AUGGAGAGAGCCAGGCCGGAGCCGCCGCCGCCUCAGCCGCGCCAACUGCCGCGGGGCGCCCCCUGCAGGCCCGAGGCGCACCCGGCGCAGCCCUGGGCGCUGCACGUCAAGGCCGAGAAGCCGGAGCCCGGGUGCGACCUGCCCCCGUCGGCGGGACCGCUGAGAGCCGUCGAGGCGGGCCCUAGAGCCUCCAGGGUGGCUCUUGACUGCGGCCAAGGGGCCGAGAGGAAGGACGAGCCGGAGAGGAACGAGGUCAUGCGGGACGCGGCGAGUGGCGGGGAAGGCCAGAGCCUGGCGGGCGUCCGAGAAGGGGUCGUCAAAACGGAGGAGCCUGAGAGUCUCGGCGAGGACGGCGGAGCCAGCCCGGAGCCCGCGUCCAAUGGCCUGGGCCAGGGCAGCAAGGAGUUCCUCCUGGCCGCGCCGUCCAGCGCCUUUGGGCCGCACCAGCAAGACCUCAGGAUCCCUUUGACUCUGCACACCGUCCCCCCGGGGGCCCGGAUCCAAUUUCAGGGGCCUCCGCCUUCGGAGCUGAUAAGGUUGACCAAGGUGCCCCUGACACCAGUGCCUAUUAAAAUGCAGUCCUUACUGGAGCCUUCUGUAAAAAUCGAAACCAAGGAUGUCCCGCUCACCGUGCUGCCCUCCGACGCAGGAAUACCAGACACUCCCUUCAGUAAGGACAGAAAUGGUCAUGUGAAGCGACCCAUGAAUGCAUUUAUGGUUUGGGCAAGGAUCCACCGGCCAGCACUAGCCAAAGCUAACCCAGCAGCCAACAAUGCAGAAAUCAGUGUCCAGCUCGGGUUAGAAUGGAACAAACUUAGUGAAGAACAAAAGAAACCCUAUUAUGAUGAAGCACAAAAGAUUAAAGAAAAGCACAGAGAGGAAUUUCCUGGUUGGGUUUAUCAGCCUCGUCCAGGGAAGCGAAAACGCUUCCCAUUAAGUGUUUCCAAUGUAUUUUCUGGCACCACCCAGAAUAUCAUCUCUACAAAUCCAGCAACAGUUUAUCCUUAUCGUUCACCUACCUACUCAGUGGUCAUUCCCAGCCUACAGAACGCCAUCACUCAUCCAGUUGGUGAAGCCCCACCUGCCAUCCAACUGCCCACACCUACAGUCCAGCGUCCAAACCCCAUCACUCUUUUCCAACCCAGCGUCUCCAGUGCUGCCCAGGUGGCCGUCCAGGCUCCAAGUCUGCCCCUCCACCCAGGAUUGCCACCCCAAGGCUUUGCUGGGCCUUCCCAAACGGACACUCAUCGGCUACAUUCUGGAGCCAGUCGCUCUGUAAAAAGACCCACCCCUGUCUCUCUGGAAAGCACCGACAGGAUUCCGACGAGUGCAAGUACUGUCCAUGCCAGAUUUGCAACCCCGACCAUCCAACCUCCCAAGGAGUAUUCCAGCAUUACCACUUGUCCCAGAAGUGCUCCCAUCCCUCAGGCUCCUCCCAUUCCACACUCACAUGUCUACCAGCCCUCUCCCCUUGGCCACCCAGCCACACUUUUUGGGACACCACCGAGAUUCUCUUUUCAUCACCCUUACUUCCUUCCUGGACCUCACUAUUUCCCAUCAAGCACUUGCCCUUAUAGUCGGCCUCCCUUUGGCUAUGGAAAUUUUCCAAGUUCAAUGCCAGAAUGCCUUGGUUAUUAUGAAGACAGGUACCAAAAACAUGAGGCUAUUUUUUCAGCUUUAAAUAGAGACUAUCCUUUUAGAGACUACCCAGACGAACGCACACACAGUGAAGAUUCUCGGAGCUGUGAGAGCAUGGAUGGGACCACUUACUAUAACAGCCACAGCCACAGUGGGGAUGAAUACUUACACCCCGUGCCUCAGCUGGACAUCGGCGCCUUAGACAACGUUUUCACAACCCCAGCGUCAACGCCAUCCAGCAUCCAACAGGUCAAUGUCACUGACAGUGAUGAGGAGGAAGAAGAAAAAGUGCUCAGGGAUUUAUAAUUUUAAAACAAAUAUGCACAGAAAAUAAACAUUUAUUAAAAUGUAUUCUGGGUCAGUUGGUGUGAGAAAAAAAAAAGCCUAGAAUGCUUUGCUAAGAGUUUUCAGCCAUGAUUUGAGAAGUCAAAACCAAAUGCAAUUUAUGCCUUCAUAAAGUUCUGAUUCAUGAAACUGGGGUCCUGACGUCUCACCAUAGUUAUAUUUAAUGUAUGAAGUCAUUUAUUUUGAUGGCUGAAAUUUGCAUCAACAUGUAUUAUCAUUAUUUUAUCUUGGACGAUGCAAAACAUGAAGCCUCACAAUUGUGUGUGAGGGGAAAUGGAGUGUAAGUGUGAUUUGUAUUUUAUCUCAGGAUACAUUUAUUUAUUUUUUCUUAAAUGAUUUUUUUGUUUGGUGUUUAUGUAAUAUAUAUGAAUGUUGUCAGUUUUUAUAUAACUAUUUGAAAAUAUUUUGAUAACUUUUAGUAGUGAACUGGGACUCAGUUACUAAACAUAAUUAUACUAAUAACCAAUUAUAUGUUACAAAUGGGCUUUAAUGGCACCUGGGUAAUUCUUUCAGAUAAAUAUAGUCAUUUCUGUUCCUAAACAUUUUUAUCGUCAUUUUUCAAUAUCUUUUUCCAUUUAGUAUGAAUUGUUCUAUUUUUGUUAUAAGUAAAUAAACAUAGAUAAAAUUGUU